AUGGCGUUCAACCUUCAAACCCCAUUUUCCAUUUUCAUUUUUGUGUGUUCAAUUUCUUCUCUUUUUGCAAGCAAUUCUUUGUGUUCAAGUGAUGACCUCUUUGCAAAUGGAGAUGGGUUUUCACCUGCUCUAGGAACAUGGUAUGGAGAUCCAAGAGGUGCUGGAAGUGGAGGAGCUUGUGGAUGGGCUAAUGAUGUACAGUCACCACCAUACUCAGCCAUGAUAGCAGCAGGAAAUUCUAGGAUUUAUUUACAAGGAAAAGGGUGUGGGGAUUGUUAUCAGAUUAAAUGCAGUCGAGAGCCAUACUGCUCUUCGAACCCUAUUACUGUAACAAUAACUGACGAGUGCCCAGGUGCAUGUAACAAUGUUCCGUUCCAUUUUGAUUUAAGCGGGACUGCUUUUGGUGCAAUGGCGAAUCCAGGACAAGUUGAUAACCUCCGUAAUCUCGGCCAGGUUGAUAUUCAAUUUCGAAGGGUGCCAUGCUACUAUGGUAGAACAAAUAUAGCUUUCAAGAUUGAUGCAAAGACAAACCCUAACUGGUUCGCAACUGCAAUUGAGUUUGAAGAUGGUGAUGGUGGACUUAGUUCAGUGGAGAUAUCUCCGGCUGGUAGUCAACAAUUUGUUCCAAUGAAGAAUAUUUGGGGUGCAGUUUGGGAAGCCGAUGUCAGCCCAUCUUUCCAUGGCCCAUACUCGUUCAAGCUCAAGUCUCCAACCGGCAAGGUAGUGGUUGCUUCUAAUGUUGUUCCGAAUGGCUUUGUACCUGGUCAAACUUAUUUCUCAGACGUCAACUUUUAG